AUGCCAGACGUACGGCAAGAGAGACAACAACGAACAGGCGCCGGCGCCGGACACACGGCGGGCGGCUCGGGCGGACUUUGGACGCAAUACGGACGCCAUCGGCGUCCGUCGGUUCGCACCGCAGGUGACAUAAUGCGUACCUAUCUGUCAACCGCGGAUUGGGACUUGAAUAACUCUCAAAUAACUCCAAUAGACAUUAAUGUUUUGUCUCAAUUACCCAAUGAGGAUUUAUCUCAAUCGUCCAAUGAGGUUUUAUCUGCACUGAACGUUGAUGUUUCAUGUUUAACAUCACCAGAAUCUGAAACAAGUAUUUUAAAUAGUGGGGCAUCCACAUCAUCACAAGGUAGUAUUCAAAGUAUAGCAACUACGUCUUCGGAUAAUACUGCUGAAAAGGUCCCUAAACUUCUAGAUUUUUUGAAAAGUACAACAGAAGGUAGUUCAAUUUUGUCUGCGUACAAAGAUUUGUUAGAUAACGCCGGAAGAAGAAAGUUAUGCAAUUUAAUUGUUAGGAGGGAACUACAAGACAAUCCAGAAACCCCAGUUAAGACCCAAAGACUGCUCUUUCUCGCACAAGAAAUAACAGAAGUGUUUACCAAGGAACACAUCAGUACAUAUUUUAUACCCUACAUAAACUAUGGUCCAUAUCUAAAGAAAGCAGCUAAAGGAAAAUUACUUGAUUGUUUCAACAACCGCAAAAGAGAGUAUAAGAAAGCUGGUCUAAUUGUUGCUACUCCAAGACAAAAAUUAAAUAUUAAAUCAAAAUCUGUGUUACUUUUAUCUUCUAAUCGUUCUAAUAUUGAUAAUGAUAGUGUUGAAGAAUCCAUGACAUGGCUUCACAAUUCCUGUGAUCCAUGGGACAUCGUCGAACGGUAUUGGUCCAUAACAUCAUCAAAACGUUUAGAAAAAAUAUUGGAUACAAACUCUCAAGAUAUAUCAGUUUCUAAGUAUAUGGAUGACUUUCCUGCACUCAAAAAACCACGCGGUUAUAGACUUUUGAUUGAAGAUUUCAACUUUUUGUACUCUGAUAAAAAAAAAAGUCUUUUGGAAACAUUUCCACUGUACAAACAAAAAAUUUUAGAGCUCGCAAAAAGUGUAUCAAAUAAGUUAAGAGAUAAUUCACUCAAAUGUAUUUUGAAAGAAUAUUUAGACCUAGCACCAGAAAGUGAAGAAGCUUCUUCUGUUGCUGCAUUUUUAGUCUUACCAUUCCUAUUCAGUGCAGUUCCAAGUUCCAACAAAAAGAAAGAGAGGGAAAACCACAUGGAAACCAUCUAA